AUGGAUGCUUUUACCAGCACAGUCAAAUCUCAGGUCUUUCGUCUGACCACGCGAGAUGCGUUCGAGUCGCACUUCAAUAUCCAGUACCUGUACUUCUUUGGCAAUGUGAAUGGCGACAGCGGCUUUAUGCCCAGCGACAAACUAGAGCUGGGGUUCUACAGGACGCUUGCCCAGUUCCCCAUCCUGGCGGGAUACCUGCGCCAGCGAGAUGACGGUGGUCUGGACAACGUCGUUGACAAGGAUAACCUGAACAUGCCAGUGUAUCGAGAGACUGUUGUCGACAGCUUGCAUUAUGGCGAUGUCAAGGCAGCCAACUUCGACCCUGCUAUUUGUCCCAUGGGCCUGCUGCGUCUGCCACCGGUUGCCCUGCCCGAUGCCGAAACAGGCCAGAUCAAGAUGGCCAAUGUGCAUGUUGUCAGGUUCAAGGACAACAGCGGUAUGGCUAUCUUCCUCAACGUGAGCCAUUCGACUAUGGAUGGCGAGGGAUACUUUUCUUUCAUCAAGCGCUGGUCAGAGGAGACGUAUGCGCUUACUGCUGGUGUGCCUGUUCCUGACCGGGUGUUCUGCCUCGAUAGAGAAACAUUCCGGCAGAGCAUCCCCAAGGAGAGGUCAGAAGUUGACGAAAAGAUGUCGGGGUGCUACAUCCAUCCUUCCGACAAGGCACUGGAGCUCGGGCAGAUGACUCCCAGUGCGCGCAACAUAAUGUUUGACAAACUCUUGGCCUCAGACAGCCUGAAAGGCGGCCUGUUCAGACUGAACAGCGACAAAUUGGACGGGCUGCUCAAGCAAGCGAGGGAGUUUGUGCCUCUAGGUACUCGUAUUUCCACCAACGACAUCCUUGUCUCGCUCAUUUCCAAGACGGUAGCACAGGCAACAAAGGCGGCCUCGAGCAACAAGGGCAAGUCACUGAAUAGCACUGGAGUCGUGUGCAACACUCGCCACCGGAUGGGCAUAGCUGGUUUGAACUACGUUGGCAACGCGCUUUACACUCCUCGGGUAAUUAGCGCGCUGGCGCAGGCUGAGACCCCGACUACACCCAGAUCUAUUGCUGAGAUUGCUAUCAAGGAGAGUUUCUACGGCGUGCAAGAGCGCUACCCGCGCAGCUUUGUGGGCCCGCUGGUUGCAGACACGUCGUUCAAGCUGUCAGCAACCAUCUCCAACAUUUCGCGGUUUGAUAUGUAUGACGCAAACUUUGGUUUCGGAAACCCCGAGUUUGUCACUAUCCAGCCGGGACGCGCCAUUGAGGUCAUUACCAUCAUGCCUGUGCGGCCACCUAGCAAGGAUAUCUAUGUAGCGCUGACCAACACUCCUCAGGUCAUCGAGCAGAUUCUGCAAAACGGCGCAUGGAUGGAGAUUGCAACGCUUAUGGUUAUCGUUGUGCUCCUGGUCGUUUCGCUGUCUGUUGUCGCCAUCGUGGGCGGUGCUCUGGUUAAGGUUGCUGCGCUCAACUAA